UUCGUACUUUGAGUGAAUCAGGAUCCCGGCUUAUUCCGGCACCAUGGCGCUGCCAGAAGGUGUGGAACUUGUGGUUUUUGACAUGGCAGGCACUACAGUGGACGACUUGGUCAACGGAGAACCUUUGGUGAUUGCAGCCUUCCGGGCAUCAUUGCAAGAGCACGAUGGUACGGAAAUCAGCUUUGACCAAGCCAAUGCCGUACGCGGCUAUGAAAAGAAAGAGGCUUUACGUCGUCUUCUUGCCUCUGUCCGUGGAAAAAGUGCGGAGGAUUCAGAAGUGGACACUCUUUUCAAAAUUUUUAACAAGCAGCUGGACAAGCUGAUGGAAUCGAUGAAUUCUGAAAUCAAAGGAACUUCAGAAACUUUUGCCGAACUUCGAAAACGCGGGGUAAAGAUUUGUGUUGGUUCAGGAUUCCCUGAGCACGUGGUGCAGAAAAUUGUUGAGAAUCUGGGAUGGUCUGUUGAUGCUGCAUUCUCAUCAGUGACAUUGGGUAAGGGAAGGCCCGACCCCAUCAUGAUCUUGGCAGCCAUGGAGAAAUGCGGUGUGACCGACCCAAAGCGUGUCGUGAAAGUUGGAGAUACAAAAGUGGACAUUCACGAGGGCCGAAAUGCUGGAGUGCAUUGUGUCUCUGUGCUGACUGGAACGCAGUCCAAAGAGGAACUUGAGGCUGAAAAGCCAGACUGUAUCAUCAAUUCAGUUGCUGAUUUGUGCAAAUAGUAUAGACUUUAUAGUUUUACAAUGUUUUACAGACCUAGCCUGGCAGAUCUACCCACAGAUCUACUACUGUACCACUAGAUUGAUCUCACAGCUUCCCGCAUGAGCGCUGGUUUGGGAAAA